UCAGUGUUACGGGUAUGUACAGAAAUGGUGGGACUUUUAGGUCCAUUGUGGGUAGCUUUUUUUAUUGGUUUAGUGCUUGGAUGGUCAUGGAAGCCAAAAUGGGUGACCAGGGAAAGUGACAAAUUGACUUGCUGUGUAUCAAAGAUAUUGGAUUCAUCGUUGCCAUCUUCACCUUGUCGGUCUUUGAUGUCUCCAUUGAAGACUUUUGGUUCUUUUUCACAGUGGAAUUCAUUCAUGUUGAGGUCCUCAACCUGUGAUGGUUCUUGGCUUGUGGAUAACAACAACAAUUUAGUGCAUCAGAAUCUGUCUCCUGUGCCACCUACAGAAUAUGAAGAUUGCAGCAGAUCGCGGCUGAAUGAAGAGCAGUCUAAUGUUGCUAGCCAAGUCACGGAGGGGGAUUUAGAACACUUAUACCAGCUUGUUGAGGUGAAAGAUGGAGGUCCUACUUGGAUGCAUAUGAUGGAUCGUUCCACCCCAACUAUGACUUAUAAGGCAUGGAGGAGAGAUCCCAAGACUGGUCCUCCCCAAUAUCGUAGCAGCACUGUCUUUGAGAAUGCCUCGCCAGAGAUAGUGAGAGACUUCUUUUGGGAUGAUGAUUUCCGGCCAAAGUGGGAUGACAUGCUUUCUUAUUCUGCAAUAUUAGAUGAAUGUCCCACUACUGGGACUAUGCUAGUGCAUUGGAUGCGAAAAUUCCCUUUUUUCUGUAGUGACAGAGAAUACAUAAUUGGUCGGCGAAUAUGGGAAUCAGGCAGAUCUUAUUACUGUGUGACCAAGGGAGUACCCAGUUCUUCUGUCCCAAGGCGAGAUAAACCAAGACGUGUUGACCUAUACUACUCAAGUUGGUGCAUUCGAGCAGUGGAAUCAAGGAAAGGUGAUGGCCAGCUGACAGCUUGUGAGGUAUUACUCUUCCAUCAUGAAGACAUGGGCAUCCCAUGGGAAAUCGCUAAGCUUGGAGUGCGGCAUGGCAUGUGGGGAACUGUCAAGAAGGUUGAGCCUGGUUUACAUGCCUACCAAAGAACAAGAGCAUCGGGAGUAACACUUUCUCGGCCUGCUUUCAUGGCUCAGAUUAACACCAAAAUAAAUCCAGAGUUGCUGAGAUCCUUGGGAGAUGAUGAGGGUUUGUCAGAGACUGAAGCAGCAACUGCUCCUGAGAAAUCUUUGGGCAGGAACAUACCAAAGCUUUUGAUUGUUGGUGGAGCUAUUGCACUCGCAUGCGGUUUUGAUAAAGGACUCUUGACCAAGGCAUUUAUAUUCAGUGUGGGAAGAAGGUUUGGAAACAUGGGAAAGAAUGCAAAAUUGAAUGCUGGAAGUACUUGAAAGUUGAAAGCCAUUAUUUUUCACAAUCCAAUUUGAGAGAUGCUCUAUUUUUAACCUCGUUUCACUCUUCCCUUUCCAAUGGUCGUGGGAGGUUAUAACUUUGUAUGAUACUUCAGAAACAUAAUUAUGUUAUGAGGAUGUAUAUACUCAAGGCAGAUAUUUUCUCUGCAAGCAAUGAAACGACAGAGUUCAUAGUCU